CUGAGCGCGAAAUCCGGAGGAAGCUUCGUUUUCGCAAAGAUAGGAGAGCCGUAGCUCUGCGGAUUCAGACAAGGAGGCAGCAGGUGACUGGGCGUGCGCGUGAGUGAUGCCUUUCACCUUCGGGCAUCACGUCGUGCACCACGUGCUUCAACGCAACGAGCACAACCGGCUGGGGCGGAUGCUCUUCAGAUACCUCUGCUUUGCCGCCUCCAAGAAGCUCUGGUGCGAGCGGCAACUCAAAUCGACCCUCUACCUCGCUUCACACCCACGGGUAAGGCAAGGCAAGGCCACACAACCAAGGCAAGGCAGCCGGCGCCUUCUCGUCCCUCCCUCACUCACUCUCUGCCUGUCCUGACUGCCUGCGUUUCAUUAUAUCAGCACCUUGGGCUGGCUCUCUUCUACUUCUUCCUUGGCGUCCCGAUAACCGACGACACGCGGCAGCACCACCGCAGCAAGACCAGGGACGCAGAGGGGCAGUUCGGGGCUGACGACGGCUUCUCGGCCCUCGCGGCGGGUCUGGCCGACGCCACUGCGGAUGAGGGCAGGGAGCCAUUCUCAGAGCCGAGUGACGACGAGAAUGAGCUUGACGAUGACGACUUCAACUUGUCCCUCACCGGCCCCACGUUUCCCCGGCCUCAGCUGGCGUUCGCACCGCAGCCCCCGCACCACCAGAACGGCACCGUGAGUACCAUCUCCCCGGACCACACGGCCGCCCCAAUGGCGAGUAGUGAGGCGCCCAUGAGGGGGAGCAGCUCCCAGAGCGAACAGGACAAGAUUUAUUUCCUCGAGCAACAGGUGAGGUGUACAGGGGAGGGGCACGAUUGCGUAUCAUGCAUAAAUUGCCGUCCAUCUUGCUUUGUAUCUGUGUGUGUGUGUUGGCCAGGUCGCCCUGUUGACCAAGACCCUUGCCGAGAUGCGAGCGACCCAGGCGAUGAGCAGUCCACCCCCAGCCAGCGCCCCCUCCCAGCCCCCCUUUCCGGCAAUGGACGUCGAUCAGCCGGCGCAGGGCGAUUCAGCCCACUACACCACCCCCACUCCCCUCAAGGGCAGCGCCGCUGAUGUGCUGCCCCCGCCCCUCUUCGGCCGCCCCCCACCCUCGGACACACACCAAGAAGACGGCUCUCCCAUGGGAAGCCCCUCCGGCGGCGGCUCGCCAAUCGUCAUGCGGUCCAACCCCCCGAGAAACAUCGGCAUUGGCAGCCCUGCGACCAAUGGUUUUCCUGCGGCGGCAGCAGCGUACAGUGGGAGUGUGCCGGUGGGGGGCAGGGCGGAGAGGGGUGACCCUAUCGCGUGGCUGCAACAGUGAGGCAAGGGAGGGCGUGUGGGACGCGGACAUGCGUGGGUGGCUGUGGCUGGGGGGAUAGAUAGUGACGGGCGGGCCGUGAGUGAACGAGAUGUGUAUGGUAUGGGAUGACUGUGAGUGAAUUCCCUACACGCCAUUCACUCGUCUGCCAGCCCACCAUCUGUCUCUUUUUCCGUGACUCACACGAGAGAUGCGUUGGGGUUAUCAGUGCAAUGCAUGGGUCCGUCCAGCUAGGAUGCAUGGGAGAGAGGAAGAAAGAUAUCCAUCCGUGCGUAGUGUAUUUUUGGCGCUUCAACACACGACGGACAGAGAGAGAAGGAGAGGGAGGAAGAGAGAGGGAGAAUGCCAUGCAGGCGGGAGCAUGCAUGCAGCGCCCUUUUUCCUGUCUGCAUGCCGGCUGACCAUUCCUACUCGCUGUGCACAUCCGUCCCAUUCUGUCUGCCGUGUUGUCUUUUGAAUGGUGUGGUGAUGUCAGCGCCCAUGCCCUCUGUGUGGGCGAGGCGCGCCGACGUCAUCCUGCCAUUCACAAUACUGACAUGGUGGACGGAGGGAGGAGUGCCUGACCGACCGAUCAACCGAUUGAUAACCCGACCACAACUGACUGUUGUGUUUUUCCCCUGGUGCACAUGACAUCGCGCGCACAUACACACACGGCAUACACACACGGCAUACAUACAUACAUACAUACAUACAUACAUAACAUGCACACAUAAGGUGAGUGGGUACGUCGGCCUACCGCAGCCGUCGCGGGAUGGAUGGGGUGCGUGGUGUCUGUGUGUCUGUGUGUCGAUCAGUCAGUCAAGUGUUUGUACCUACCGUGCCAAUGAGUGAGACAGACAGACACCUGAGAUAUUUCAUCUCUCGAUGCGUGCCGUGCUGUGCCUUGCCGUGUGCCGUCGGUGUACGUCGAUGCCACACUGGCCAUUUCUUUGCCCUGUGUCUGUUUGUCUGGUGUUGCAGACGAAUUCGUUCUGCAUCGAUCAGUGUUUUUGACGUCUGCGUGUCGAGAACACGUGCACGCUUCGGUUGGCUUCAAUAAUCGUGCUCUG